GCCGCGGGAUCUGCAGUUCAGACUCCCCACGCCACAGUCGCCGCAGUUCCCUCCACUCCGGUGGCCCCGCUGCCUUGCGGGGAGUCCAGGGGUCGGCUGGCCUCUUGGACCUGGCAAGGAGCCGGCCCCACCUCUCUCCCCCUCGGUGGGGCCUAGACGGUCGGGGGCCGCGAGGACAUGGAGCCCGUUCCCGCCACCGGGGGCUCGGAGACGACUCGCCUGGUGAGCCCCCGGGACCGCGGCGACGCCGGUGGCGGCCUGCGCUUGAAGAGUCUCUUUGCAGAGCCCUCAGAGGCCCUCCCCGAGGAGCCCAAACCUGUGGAGAUGCCCUUCCACCACUGCCACAGGGACCCCCUGCCACAGCCGGGUCUCACCCCCGAGAGGCUGCAGGCGCAGAGGCAGCUGUGCGCCGCCUGUGCUGUGUGCUGCGUCUUCAUGGCCGGGGAGGUGGUCGGCGGGUAUUUGGCUCACAGCCUGGCCAUCAUGACCGACGCAGCCCACCUGCUGGCAGACGUGGGCAGCAUGGUGGGCAGCCUCUUCUCCCUUUGGCUCUCUACCCGUCCGGCCACCCGCACCAUGACCUUUGGCUGGCACCGUUCUGAGACUCUGGGGGCUUUGGCCUCUGUGGUCUCCCUCUGGAUGGUCACUGGCAUCCUCCUGUACCUGGCCUUCAUCCGCCUGCUGCACAGCGACUACCACAUCGAGGCAGGCGCCAUGCUGCUGACCGCCAGCAUCGCAGUCUGCGCCAAUCUGCUAAUGGCCUUUGUGCUGCACCAGGCCGGGCCCCCCCACAGCCAUGGGUCCAGGGGGGCUGAGUAUGCACCGCUGGAGGAGGGGCCCGGGGAGCACCUGCCCCUGGGGAACACCAGCGUCCGGGCAGCCUUUGUGCAUGUGCUGGGGGACCUCCUGCAGAGCUUCGGGGUGCUGGCUGCCUCCAUCCUCAUCUACUUCAAGCCUCAGUACAAGGCAGCCGACCCCAUCAGCACCUUCCUCUUCUCCAUCUGUGCCCUCGGGUCCACAGCUCCCACCCUCCGCGAUGUUCUCCGUGUCCUCAUGGAAGGUACCCCCCGAAAUCUGGGAUUUGAGCCGGUGAGGGAUACACUCUUGUCAGUGCCAGGAGUCCGGGCAACUCAUGAGCUGCACCUGUGGUCCCUGACACUCACUUACCACGUUGCCUCCGCACACCUGGCCAUCGACUCCACGGCGGACCCGGAAGCUGUUUUGGCCGAAGCCACAUCCCGGCUCCACUCGCGGUUUGGAUUCUCCAGCUCCACCCUGCAGGUCGAGCAGUACCAGCCCGAGAUGGCCCAGUGCCUGCGCUGCCGGGAGCCUCCCCAAGCCUGAGCCGGCCCUGCGCUCACCCCACUGCCAGGCCCAGGCUCCGCCCUGGGCUCUCAGCCGCCGCCUCCUUGCUCAUGGAGAAGGGACAGAGCUGGGCCCUUACCCCUUCCUCUCUCCCUCCUUCCACCUUCCACCUUCUCAGCCCCAAGCCCCAGUGGGCAAGACCAAAGUAUUGGGGGCGGGGAAGUGGGGCGGGAAUUGGACUGAGCAGAGAAUCAGUGCGGUGGGGGUGGGGGUGGGGGGCCUGUGGUCCCAGCUCCCCACGGUCUGGGAGCCCGGAGCAUCCCUUCCGGGGUUCCUUUGUCCGCGUGGCAGGCUGACUGGCUGGCUGGCUGGGGCAUCUGCCUGUCUGCGUGCUGUCGGUGUGCCUGUGCCUGGGGGAGGUAGCAGGGGCCCCUCCCCGCGUGGCCCUCGCUCUGUCUAUGCAGGAGCCCCAAAACUUGCACUUUGUCCGUGUGUCCUGGCCCUGUGGUUUUGUCUGUGUGUGUACGCGUGUGUGUUUCUUGGUGCUGUGGCCCGUGUGUCUCUGUGCAUGUGUGGCUGUGCUGUGACCCCUCUGAGUCUGCACCACCUCUGUGUCCGUUUGGGGGUCUGCGUCCAUCCCUCUGUUGGUGCUGUGCCCUGGCUAUCCCAGAGAGAGGGGGGCACUCCGCCGCAGCUCCACCAAUAAACUUGUGUCUCACUGCGUCUUUCAGCCCCUGUGCUGAGUCCUCAGGAGGGGGAGACAGAAUCAGACAUCUGAGC